GGGGCACAAUUAGAUCUCAUCUAUGCGACUGCGCCGUCUCGAUCGACGUCUCUCUGGUGGGAAACGACGAUAGAGACUCGAUCUGUUUUAUUUGUGUGUGAAAAUGGCCGUUCAGUUGAGUUCUCCUCAGUCUGGAGCUCAACUUCGAUCUUUAGAAAAAGUUCUCGACGAUGCCCAUAGGUCUGGCCGAUUGAAUUUGAGUAGUAGAAAAAUAAGGGACUUUCCUAAAGUUGCUGAUAAAUAUGACUUAAGAGACACGGUCGAUGUCGACUUAUCAAAAAAUAGAUUUAUAGAAUUUCCAGAAGAAUUAUGUGAAUUUUUCUCGUUAGAGAAUCUAAAUUGUUACAAGAAUGUUUUGAAGAGCAUUCCAGAUAAAGUAAACCAGUUACGCUCUCUAAGGUUUCUCAAUUUAAGUCGUAAUCAGCUGACAAUUUUACCAAGUGGAUUAUGCGAAUUGUUCUUAGAAGUUUUAAACGUUAGCAAUAAUAAACUUGUUUCAUUGCCGGAGCAUAUUGGACAACUAAGUGAACUAUCAAAUUUGGAUGCAAGUUGUAAUGAGAUAUCGACACUCCCAUCCAGUAUAGCAAACUUAAAAUCGCUAAGGCAUUUGAACGUCCGUCACAACCGUCUAGUCAAUCUUCCCGAGGAAUUAAGUAAAUUAAAACUGAACGUGCUGGAUAUAUCAUGUAACAAAAUUACCCACAUCCCUUCCUGCUAUCGGAAAAUUCAUACACUUGAAAAACUUAUACUCGAUCACAACCCAUUAGUGUCUCCAUCACCACAGAUAUGCAUGAGAGGUAGGAUACACAUCUUCAAAUUCUUAGCAAAUGAAGCACAUAAAGAAGAAGGCAGGAAAAAAGCCAUUGAGGAGGACUGGCAGUCUAGGCAUCAAAGUACGGUAGACCAGUUUUCAUAUUUCAAUGGGAAACCGGGAGAACUACGUAGAGCGCACGGAAUCACUGAUUCAGGUUAUGUAGAUGGCGACAAACGAUGGCCUUCAGAGAACCAGAAUGACAAUUACAUCAUCAAACGAGCGGAGAAUCAACGGCAUCGUCGAGGUAACUUAGCACGUCCUUCAGCAAUUGUGAUCCCAAAAGAUAAUGGCUUUAUUGAUUCGGACGAGGUAGACGGAUCUGAUGGUGAUAUAACUCCAACGCAGAUUCACCCCCCAGAUGAUGUUGAUUUUUCAAUGUUAUUAGGUGGACUAGACUAUGAGGAGGACAGGCCUCCAGAUAUUGAACGUUUGAAAAAGGAAAUGUUACAAGCUGAACAGCUGAGUUUAAAACUUAAACAAGUAGAACAACAACGAAUUCAACAAGAAAAGGAAGAGAACAAUAGAUUGAUUGAAGAACAAGAAAGGAGGGAAGAGCAGAGGCGUUUGGAGGAAAAGCAGAUGCGUUUCGAAGAGGAGCAACGACGACUACAAGAGGAGAAACGACAAUUGGAAGAACAACAGAGGAGGCAUGAAUUGAAACGACAGGAGAUGGAGGCAGAGGAAGAAAAGAGGAGGUUACAGAAGGAGAAGGAUGAAGCAGAGGAACAGGAGAAAGAAGAGAGGAGGAAGGCAGCAAAGAAAAUCCAAGAGGAACAGCAAAGGAUCAUGCAGAGACAAUCGUCUUCAGAGCGCUUAAAGAACACAAGAAGACCACUUACCACUUCUUCAUUUAAUGAUAGAACCCGGCGGCCAACCUCUCUUAACACUCAAUCCAAACGAGAAAAACGCAGGGCAACAAUAGCUGGUGAGAAUAUUGAAAUAAAGCGUAUUCCACCGAUGACCCCACCGAGGACCCCACCGGCAACUCCUUCUAAGAGAAGAUCUUCAACAAAUGGAAAUGGAAGUUUGGUUAAUGGCAGAACUGUUCCCACAAAAACGACGGAGGAAGACCGGGCAAAACGGAGAGAAAACAUUAUAUCAAAGGAUCGCCAUGAGGCACAGUUGGCACGGCGACGUCUUGAAGAAGCUAAAGCGAAGACAAAACAAACACAAAAGUCUGCUGUUGCGUCUUAUGUAAAGAAUCGUUCACCCGGCAGUGUAGAUGAAAAGCCUAAGAGCAAGUACAAUGGCAGCAGCUCAGGAAGCAGCAGCAGCAGCAUGAAUUCAACAUCUAAAUCGUAUCCUUCAGGUACUGGACUGGCAGCUCUCAAACCACGAUCUUCAUUAAGUAGUGGAAAGCCAUCUAGUAUGGACUCUGUUAACCCAAGGUAUACAUUGAAACGAGAAGCUCAAAAGAUGCAGGAGGAGUUCGCCCAAUUAGACAUGCUAAGGAAGCCCUCGACACAUAGAUGCAAUCUGAAUAAUAGUAACAACACCAGGUCUAAAAAGCCUGACCGACGAGAAGUGCUACGUGUGAAUCUUGAGGCAAGGCUGAAGCACCCUCUAUCAGACGACCUGUCAGCAGCAAUUAAAGAUGGUUACGCAUUAUGUCAUCUUGUCAACAGUGUAAGGACAAGGGCUGUUCCAUCAAUACAUGUUCCACCCCCUUCUCCAAGCAAAUUAUCAAUGGCGAAAUGUCGAAAGAAUGUUGAAAACUUCAUUGAAGCGUGUCGACGACUUGGAGUGACUCAGGAUAAAUUAUGUUCAGCUGCCGACAUCUUGGAAGAGAAGGGUAUUUUACGAGUAGCCAAUACUGUCCAAUCUUUACUGAUGCUAUACCCUGGUUCGAACAAAGCCGUUUCUACUGUAUGACCGUGCAGUCACCCAGUGGACCAGUCAAUUUCACUUAACCUGAUUGUAGGCAAGUCCAAUUAAGCUGUAAAAUAUGCAUGUCAAACCUAAAGAUCUGGUCUAUUAGAAUUUCAGGCAAGCGUACAGAGAAGAGGAUAUAUGAAAAAAAAUGUUAAUGGUGCAAUAACGACGAACCCUACUACGCAACAUAACCAGUUCAUGAGUUUAUAUUUACAGACAUGUUGCAUAGUAAUACCCACAUAAUAAUGAAAACCAAGCAAACGUUUGUAUGAUAAUUCAAGUCUGUUGUUAUUUUGACUAAAACAAGGCUAUGUUGAUGGUGAAAUGCUUUAGCACAGAAGCCUAGUGAAACAUUGCCUAGCCAUACAGAUGAAACUGUUACAAGCCUGAAAGGCAUUCACAAAGCCUAUUUUCCCCAACAAUGAACAUAUUACCAUUACACUAAUUGAGCUCAGAAAGAAGCCUCUAAUAAUUCCAUUUAAUUUGCAUAACAAGGGACCAUUAUCUUUAGGCCAACACUCCGAAUUGGUGUGUGUACAGCAUUAAUUCCAAAGGGUUAUUAAAAUCUCAUGUGGAGGUCUUUGCCCGGGCUAAUAAUUUUGUGUAUCAUUGCAUAGAUGUUGCUAAGAGAGCCCAUUUUAAAGGUGGAACCAUAGAGGUGUUAUAAUAUCUCUAUGGUGGAACUGAGCUGCCUAUAUCUAAGAGCUGCGUUUUUAUCCAAUCAUACCAUUCCCUGUAUACACAGCGAUUGGGGAUAAGGAUAAAAUAUAAGUUUAGCAAUAUUGCUUUUAAUUGGUGCUUUUAAAAAAUUGCAGAUGGUAUCAAGAAUAGGAUAAGAAUAAAAAAGAAUUAAAAUAUCUAAUAUGUAAGUUCCUCUACUUGUAAAAUAGGGCCAAAAUUUUACUGUUUUGGAAAAUAUUUUUAUAUUUGAGAUGUCACAUUUGGCUCACGCUCUAAGUUCCUUCUGUCACUGCAUCUGUAUGUUUAUUUAUUUUGUAUGUAAGAUUGUCUUAAUUAUAAUUAAAAAUUUUCCCACCAUUAUUAUAAAUUACCUGAAUAAUGUUUUUAGAUAUAUUUGUUGGUUUCCAAAAUUACAAGUGUUUUGUUAAAUAAAACUGAGUUCAACUUUGUUGGGUUCUACCGUACUUCAUUCAGAUUUAAAACUUUUACCUGAUGAUUAUGAUGAUAUUGUCUGCCAGCGAAAGCUGAAGUUAGACCCAAGAGAGAUUGACGUCUUACUGUAUUUUAUUAAGCCAUACUCUCUUGAAUUUUAGUCAUACUCAAAUAGAUAAAGUCUUACUCAAUUGAAUUUUUAGUCAUGCCAGGUUAAAUCAUAGCAAAACUUAUUUAAAGUUAGUCACUUCAGUAAAUUUAAUUAAGUCAAGUAAUGUGAAUUAAGUCAUACUAUGAUAUCAAGUUGCACUCAAUUUUAUUGAAGUUUUUGUCAGUGUCUGUUGAAUCUUUGUCUUGUAUCAACAAUGCUUAAUUGAAGUUAUACUCAAUUGGUAAAGUUAAUUGUAAAGAAUUACAUGAUUAUUCCUCUAUGUGAAUAAGGCCUUAUUAGUUAUUCAUGUAGUCAGGGUUAAAUAUUACGCUUUUCUUAGCAGUCAUAGUAAGCAUGAGCUGCACAGUGGCAAAGCCACUGGAUGGUUAGGGGGUGGGGGGAUUUUCCUUCAUAAGUUGUCAAACACCACCCAAGUUUGUUGAACUGAAAAAUAUAAAUUUGCUGAUCCCGACCCAAGUUAUUCUUUUGGCAUUUCCUAAUAUUGUGGUCUAAAAGCACCGUAUCAUCCUAAACAAAGAUAUUAUUCCCCUAACCCCCAUCAGUAAUUCUACUUGGGACCCUGCCCAGAGAACUUUAGGCAUUGCAUUUUUUAGCCUCUUCUGGAGCUGAAUAAAAUAAAUCUAGGGUACAUCGUAUUAAGGUGUCAUAAUUUUCUUUCUUUCAUAAUUUUCAAGAGAGUAUUUUUUUCCUUUUUGUAUUGACCCACUAGCAUAUUUUUGUACUCUUGUGAAAAUGUUUGAAAAAAAAAUAGACAACCCUAAAGCAGAGCCUGUUGAUUGGUUUUAAAAGUUACAAGUAGUCUGCAAAUCUAGCUUUCCCAUGAUGCAUUGUAAACUGCCUAUGGGAGGCCAGUGGAACCAAUGAGAAAAAAGAAGAUAUGAGAAAUUGUUUAGAUAUUCAGUUCUUAUGUGAAAUCACAUACUAAUCUCUGUAUAGUAUCUAUGGUGAAAUCAAAUGAAUAGAAUUUAUAUAUUUAUUUUUAUUGUAUGAAGAUAAUUUAUAAAUUAAGUUUUCAAUGGAUAAAAGGUAAAAACAAUUUAUUCUCUUGUAAUUAUGCCAAACAUUGAUAACAUUUUUAACAUUUGAAACUGCAAGUGCUUUCCUGGGAGAUUUAAUUGUAUGGUUUAUUGGUUAUGAAAUUUUAUCAAAUUUUGUUUUCUAAAGGUGACCUAAAUAGAGCAGCAGAUGAUAUUGUUAUUAAUGAUUUUAAAUAUAUUAUGUACCAUAUUGCUGCGUUAUUGCCAUAAUUUUUUUUUUUUUAACCUAUUUAUAAUUUUAAAGAUGGUAGAGGUUUUCUUUGCAUAUAGAAACUAUUAACUCCACAGACAAAGGCAGAUGAUUUAUCUUCUGUAUCAGGACAAUUUAUAUUUACCCAAUGAGACGAAUUGUCCAACCUGUGCUGAAGAAUAUUCAAGAUUUGGGAGGAGUAAUCUAGCAUAUGUGAUGAUUAGUCCAGCAUAUAGGACGAAUUGCCCAGCAUGUAGAAUGAAUCAUUUCAUAUAGCUUAGUUUCAGUUAGAUUAAUAAAAGUAUUCAAACUUGAAGAGCAGAACAUACUGUAAUAUAAAGUCGUUUCUAUUACACUGCAUGAAAUUUCAUAAAUCGUUCAUUCCUAAAACGCGUCUAGUUACAUUAAGUGGGAAAUUAAAGUAGUGUUAUACGUACUUAAAAUGAGCUUCUAUUAUUUAUUAUAUUGUUAUUGUUACUGGGUAUUGUUAUUAUAUAUUGAUAUCAUAUUUAUCGUAAUUAUUACACUUAUUGAUAUUAUGAAUAUAUGUUUAUCAUCUAUAUAUUAUUGUCAUCUAUAUUAUUUGUUUUAAAUGUAUUUAAAGAUAUUCUGUCUGUGUUAAACAUUGUCCGUACUGUCAAAUUUUCUUUGACAAAAAAUGUAUGCCCAUAUAUAGUCAUGAUAUGCCUAUAUAUGGCCAUGAUUUGAUGUCAUUAUGACCAUAUUUAAGCAUGUCAUGUUUUUUCAAAUAUAAUUUGGUGGUCUGGACAGGGUUUUAGUUUAAUAAUCUUAAACAAUAAAAUAUAUUUGAUUUUUCUUUGUAUAUUUAAGCAAGUUAUUGAAAGUUAUAAUAACUAUAAUAUAUAAUUUUUUGUCAAUUAUUAACAGACACAACAGCAUAAUAAUGAUAUUCCUUAAAUUGGCUGGUAGACAAUUUAAUGAUCUAUAUAGUAAAUAGACUUUAAAGCACUGAUUUUGAUCUAUUUGUUAAAGGUGAUAAAAUAUUUACACCUUAAAUAAGCAAUUUAGGUUUUUUUAAAUUUAAUUUUAAUGUGUUUUCUUUAUAUUUCUACAGAUAGUUUAUCUUUAUUAACUGCGAUAAUGAUGACAAUAAUACAUUUGUGAUAAAAAUAAUGUUGAUUAAUAAUUUUAAAUUUAUUUCCACAAGUGUUCCUUCAGAUCUUAAGUGUUCCUUCAGAUUCAAGAAGUUGUAAAGUAUAUACCUUUGACCUACACAGGAAUUAUUAUGUGCCUUAUAAUUAUAUAUAUAUAUACAAAGUUUGGGAUACGUUAUAAGAUUGUUAACAACAUUGUUUAAUCAGACUUUUGUUUGAUACUAUCAGUCUUUGGGGUAGUAAGUAAUUAUGUAUUUCU